AUGGACAAAGAUCAACCGAAGAAGAUAGUCACCGCAGAGGAAUACCAAGAAGCACGCAAGCACCUCCUCACCCAAGAAAAAGCAUCAACCCACCUUCUCCAAAAGCUCGCCGAAACCCGCCGCAACCUUCCCAUGGUCCGAAUCACCAAUCCCGCCAGAUUUAAAUUCGACACUCUCACCGGCGAAAAGACACUCCUCGACCUCUUCGACAACCGCAAACAACUGAUCCUCUACCACUUCAUGCUCGCCCCGCACGAGAAAGUCGGUUGCGUGGGCUGUUCUCUGUGCAUGGACCAUAUUCCCCCACUAGGCCACUUACAUAGUCGGGAUACAUCCUUUGCGGCCGUGGCGACUGCGUCUAUCGAAGAGAUUGCUGAUUUUGGCGAGCGGAUGGGGUGGGAGUUUCCGUUUUAUAGCUCUGCCAAAACUCAUCGGGCUUGGGAAGAGGCUGAGCGGAAUGGGGAGGUGAUUACUUGGAAACCUGGGAAUGGGUAUUUUGGCCUUUGUUCCUUUUUCAGGGAUGGGGAUGAGGUCUUUCAUACUUAUGAGACUUCGUCGAGGGGGUUGGAGAUUAUUCUUUCGACUUAUCAUCUUCUUGAUAUGACUGCUUUGGGGAGGCAGGAGGUGGGGAAUGGGAUGGGAAUGUUUCGACGACUUGAUGAGUAUUGA